GAAUGUCGGUCACGUGAUUCAGUUUGGGCUUGAAAUGAGCUGCGCUUAUAAUCGGUACUCUGCGACGUUAAUCUACCACACAUUAUUAUUGGCUAUGCCCAUGCAAUGGAUAACGAAUACAUCAAUACGUUCAGAUGGCUUCGUGAUGAUUAUACACGACUUAGAGAUGGAACUGAGCUGUUUGAACGGGUAAAUGAACGCUAUGCAAACGCAAAUUAUGAUGAUUCAGGCAGCUGUGCAACGCAACAAGAUCUGAAUAAUCUCGGAAGCAGCGACCACGAUUGUUGCAUGAAGUCGAAGUCUGCUGGCAGCUGUAGUAACGCUCAUUCGGGGGACAGUAUUAUUGCCAGCCAAAGUUCCUCUACAGUAUGGCCAAACAACGGCACGAAGCAAAAUGAGCCCCGCAGACCUCGCAAAGGUCACAAAAAGUCGAGACGCGGAUGUUACAAUUGCAAGAAACGUAAAGUAAAAUGUCAAGAAACUUUGCCUUCAUGUCAAAAUUGUGCACGAAAUCAACUGCCAUGCAGCUACCCUACACUUCCACCUUCAAUAUUACCCCUAAAGCCUCACCAGAUCUCUAAUCCGAGCCCGGUUCCGUAUGGAAAUCUGCAAGCUACACCCACCAUAUUUUCCCUAGAUGACAUGUUCAUUUUUCAUCAUUUUUUGAUGCAUGCUCACCCCUAUCUGCCUGUAGGGAGCAAGGAAAAGUGGGUUUUUCAUGUUCCAGUCCUGGCUCAUCAUAAUCCUUUCUUAUUACACGCUAUUCUUGGCCUAUCCGCAUCCCACAUUUCAAGCAACUUACCCUUUUACCCUUGCAAUUCUACGGUCAACUCAGGAAGUCCUGCCAAAAGUUAUCACACCCUAUCACUCCACUACCGCACACUCGCCAUCUGCGGGUUGUCAACGCUCUUCGCCAAGCUUGAUCCCUUGACCACGACGAAUUUUCAAAGACAAACAAUCCAAGCAACUCUCUACUUGCUGACGUUUCAAUCUUGCUAUCUAUCUGAUCUAUCUGGCUUUUUUGAACUCUUACAUUUUUUCCGUGGCUGCGGCAUUCUUCGUGAUAGCCGUCUCCUUGGCGGGCAAGAUAAAGGGAUAGAAAUGUGCUUUGAUGGGGAUGGAGACCAUUGGCAGCAAAUGGAAAAACGACUUGUUGGUCUGCCUAGAAUUCCCAAUCAUUCCACCCAAGGUGCUAAAAGCUCGUUAAAUCUCAUCAAAGAUUCAUGCCAGAGUAGGAAAACGAAUAUGGAGUUCUUUGGAAUGCUUCUGGCCGUUGUCAAACAGUGGGAAACUUCUUCUCUAUCCGCCUAUUUCAAAUUUGUUCAAAUCUACCUUGCAAUCAGUAAGAUGAGCGAUCGUACCUUCUACACCUUUAUAGAUGAAACAAAUAAAGUAGCAAGGGUAUUAAUUGCUCAUUUUCUAGCAGUGCAGAAGAUUAUGGGGCCUAUUCUUUGUCGUGAAACUGAAAUCAGUGAUUCUGGCAGCUUAAACGGUGGUAUUAGAGUGGGAGGUGAGAUUAGAGGUCAUGAAAAAUGGGUGGAGGGAAUUUGGAGUCAGUUGACCGGGGAUGGGGAAGAGAAAUGGAAAAAGUCAAUGGAAUGGCCAAGGGAAGUGUUCCGGAGCGAAAAUUCGGGUAACUUUGAUUAUUCACAAAGUCUAUGAUGUGCAACUCACACAGUUUUCUGGCUGUACCGUAUCUGUGCACACACAUACCUGGAUAUAUAACCCUAUUGUUGAGCUGGCGAACCAUGUUACUCCUAGUAUGGAAAUAACAGAAUAUGGUAAUGUCAUUAUAUAUGCUACUACCUGAUGCACCUCAUGAUUCUCUCUUUGACUAUAUGAGCAUCUUUUCUUAGUCAACAGUUUCCAUCUGAAUUAAGUUCAAAUUCUCUCUUUAACAACUUCGAUGAAAUCAGAAUCACUCCUCCAAACACAAAGCACACAGAUUAUCUCUUCUUAUACCGACGUGUUCACUUUCUUCUCCAAGAAUAGUCUCUGGUACGAUUCAAAAAGCCUAUUUUGCUUUCCUGGGCAUGAUAUUGCUCAUCAAACUCAGAUGUCUGACAAUCAAAGGAGUCGAUGUUGAAGUAGAAGACAUUAUGAGAAUGCAUGUAGUUGUGGAUUGACGGCUCCAAAGUCACCUACCAGAAUGAUUCUUGUUAUGGCUAGCAGUCAAUAGCUACUCAAAUGUUAAGAUUAAAAAGUUCAGUCUAUAAUAUCAGGGGCAAACCUUCUUUAUGCUUACCUGAAUAAUAGAACUCAUAUCA